AUGGGGCCGCAGCAAUUCGCGUCAGCCACUACUCAACGCCGAUGGUCUACAGAAGCUCCUCCGAGGUUCACUUUUCCAACAACCCAAGUGGUCGGAUCGCCAGUUGACUCGACGUCGCUAUAUCCAUCACACACGCACGACAGAGUUGGGUCGAUGAGUGCGGUCUAUCCUUCUCCAGCACCCGACGGUAGUAUGUACGCGCAGCCAGCUACAAAUGCCUCCAUGUAUACUGAAGGUAACGCAUAUGCGCGCCCGCAGCCUCUGAGCAUCCCAAUUCCGCAAAGUUCUAUUUCUACUUCUGCCCCAUUCACGCCCUUCGACACUGUAUUCAACCAAAAGCAGAACGCAAUUUUGGCGCAAUUAGAUCAGUCACUUGGUAACAGCCAGGAAUACUCAGGCACCUCAUAUACUACGUCUCAUAGGCUACAGCACGCAGCAUCGACAGUGGACCAAGUUGGGACACUUGGGAGCUUGCCGGAACCGGCUCUGGAUUACGACGGCGACGAAGAUAUCGAGGAAUUGCAACGUCCAGGACUGAAUCAGGUGAUGGGGACCCAGGACUCGACCUUGAACUAUGGACUUGGACUACAAUUUCCGAUGGCUCUUACAAGCCCAUACCAUGAUAUUGGAUCAACGCCUCGGCUGAAGUAUCUCAUAAACUACUAUGCAGAGGUGAUCUCUCCAGUCAUUGUUGCCUUUGACAGCUCGAGCAAUCCUUUCCGUACCCACGUCCUUCACCUAGCCACCGAAUCUGAUGCUCUACAACAUGCCAUUGGUGCCCUGGCAGCCUCAAAUUUGCGUCAAAGGAAAAUGACCGGCGUACUGUCGACAUGUAAGACAGACCCAGCACGAAGAUCGUCGAUCGCGCACCUCAAUCUCUCAACCGCGGAUGAGUCGCUGUUGUGGGACUUGCAGCAGGCAAUGCACGAGGAAACACGGCUGAAGAAUCAUGCGGUCGCCCUGUUGAAUCAGCAGCUGUCGCAUCCCGGGAUGAGAUUGCAAGACUCGGCACUGGCCGUGCUCCUGAUUCUAUGCCUCUUUCACAUGUGCGACACCGGCGUGGCAAAGUUCUCUACUCAGUUCCAGGGCGUAAAGAAGCUGCUAGCACUGAGAAAGACAUCAGGUAUUGCGGAUACCGAGGAGGCACGAUUCUGCAGGAAAAUGUUUGCCUGGUGGGAUGGUGUGACCAGCAGUGUCAAUGAGCGCGAGGCCUUGUUUAGCAGAUCCCUCCAAUCACCUCCGACGUCACCUACGGAUAUUUUCAAUAGCGAACUUGACAGCGAUGAUGGCUCGACCUCUUUCGAAAUGUUAGCUGGUAUCGAUACAGGACUAUUCCGCAUUGUUUCGAGGCUGGGGCGGCUCAACAUGCUUGCUCAAGGCAGCAAUGUCGAAAAAGGAGAGGAUAUCGUAGCUCGGCCACCUACGACGAUGGGGCAGCUGACUUCACAGCAAGCGUUUGGACAAGUAUUCUCCGACGACAAUAGUUGGCUUCCCUUCCCGCCACCGCAUCUUCAGAAUCCACAAUAUCCCAUGACCGACGCACGCUCCGAACUGUUCCACCGGGAGCUCUCCGAGACGCUCCAUCUUCUGUCCCACUGGACACCUUCGCCUCAUCCAACUCCGAACCUCACGCCUUCCCAACAAGCCGACUUGCACAACCUUUCACUCACAUUCUAUCAUGCUACACAUCUCUAUCUCGUGCGUUUACAGCAGCCUAAUUUGCCUUCAGCCUCGCCACAGAUCCAUAGCAUUGUGCAAGCUGCACUGUCGGAGAUGGAGAAGGUCAAAGCAGACGUAUACCUGCUCUGGCCGCUGUUCAUUGCAGGAAGCGAGUGCGUUGGCGAGAUGGAGCGAGCGAGGAUCAGGCGCCGUGUUGCAGAGAUACAAGGAGAUAGUGGAUUUGUGAACAACGGUGUUGCGGUAGGCAUCCUGGAACGAGUAUGGGCGACCAUGGACGGCGAAGGUGAGCUUGGUGUGGUCAAGCAGGAGGUGAGCAACGGCAGUGGCGUAAAUACCACGCCCUGCGGCUUUAGGUGGUCACGUACCAUGAAGGAUGCUGUUGGUGCUGGGACGGGAGAGUACAUUGUGGUGUGA